CAUUUCUUAUUACAGUAAACACCAAAAUGUCGACUUGGACAAGUCAGUCGCAAAUGGAGCAGCCUCUACUUUACGAACCAGGGACUGAUCCCAAGGAUGCAGAUGGCGAUGCACACUCGCAUAAAUCACAUCCUAUAUUUGAUGCUAUCAAAUCUGGGAUGUUGGUUCCAGUUCAGGCCAUUGUUGAGCAAGAGGGGCCAGAUAUUCUGUCAAUGAGAGAUGAAAAGGGACACACGCCAGCCCAUUGGGCUUGUUUAGGGGGACAUACUGCUAUACUUAGAUAUGUACUUGAACAUAAGGCACCAGUGAAUGAACCGAGUAACAAUGAUCUUGGUGCUCGUCCCAUACACUGGGCAUGUGUGAAUGGGCAUAUAGCUAUCACAGACAUUCUUAUUCAAGCUGGUGUUAGUUUAGACAUUACUGACAAUAAGGGUUGUACACCAUUGAUUGUGGCAGCUCAGUAUGGACAGACAAUGUUAGCUGGAUAUCUAAUGGGUAAAGGUGCCAGGUUACAAAUGGUAGAUAGAGAUGGAGACACAGCACUUCAUUGGGCUGCAUUCAAAGGAAAAUCAGAGUUGAUGAGAUUGUUGAUUUAUUCUGGGUUUAACCCACGUCAGAAAGACAACUUCGGUCAAACUCCUCUACAUUUGGCAUGUAUAAAUGGUGACCUUACUAGUGUUAGAGAGUUAUGUGAGCAAGAUGGUGUAGAGUUAGGCUUGCCUGAUAAGAAUGGGAAGACCCCACUGAUGUUGGCUACAGGGCGUAAACAUAUAGCUGUCAUAGAUUAUCUGAAAGCUGAGCUCAAACAGAAAACUAGUUUUAUGCCAAAAAUAGAUUUUUGGUCAAUAGUAUUUGGUCCACCUGGAAAUAGUAAAGGUCCAUUGUUAUUCUUCUUCUGUAAUCUCCUGUUGUGGGGGUACCCCAUGUAUAUAAUCAAGUGCCUACCAUACACCUGGUAUGACCUACAACUGGUACACACUGUGUUCUUCUUCAUGAAUGUAGUCAUGUGGUUUUGCCUAUUCCACUGCAGUACGACGGAUCCCGGCUACCUUCCUCGUAACAUACCAGAAUAUGAUAUGGCUAUAAAACAGGUAGAUUAUAACAAGGUUGCUCAUUUUGAUGAAUGGAAGCAGGGAGAUAACCCAUUGAGUAGACUGUGUCAUACGUGUAGAACGGUUAAACCGCUGCGGUCAAAACAUUGUAAAGUUUGUAACAGAUGUGUGAAAGUAUUUGAUCAUCAUUGUCCCUAUAUAUACAACUGUGUUGGAGUAAACAACAGAGUUACAUUUACAAUAUUCUGCUAUACAGUGAUGGUUAACGGAGCUUUAACCAUCUUUCUCAGUCUGUACACAUUGAGAGUUACAGACGAGGAGUGGAACAUUGUUUAUAUGUUCUAUAUGGCUGUCGGCAUCUUCUUCGAGGGAGUUUCUAGCUACGUGUUUCUUACUAUGAUAUAUUUGUCAGUGGUUAACCUUACAACGAACGAGUACAUAAACUACAAGCGCUACAAACAUUUCAAGGACAAGGACGGCAGCUUCAAAAACCCCUUUGAUUCUGGCUGGAAAUUUAAUGUCCUCGAGUUCUUUAAGAUCAUUCCCCAACCUCCGGAAUUUCUUGAUCCUGAUGAUUAUAAUGAGACUCCGCUUUCCACGCUUGUAACAACAUUACAGUCAAUGAGAGAAUCAAUCAUAAACGAUAUGGCUACCUUAAAGAUGGAAAGGGACAGUUCUACAACCCCUUUAGCCGAGGUGUAGUGAAAAAUCUGAAGGAAUAUUUCCACCUAAUCCGUCCAUUUGAGGAGAGAGACGUCGAGUUAUUAAAUAUUAGAACUGUUUGAGGUUAUUUUUUGUACAUACACCAGUAUUUGAACUUUAUUAAAUUGUGUCUUAACGUUAACAGGGGAGAUAAGUUACAUACUAGAUUGGUAUGAGGGAAAUUAUAAGGAAAGAGAAAUGAAAGCUGGGUGCAGUGUUUCACUGUCUCGGUGCAUUUUGCCGUGGUUAGAAAUUUUGAAAUGUGUAGGAUAGGUGAGUGUGGCGUUAAUAACAGGCUGUGAGUGGAAGAGUUAUUCCAUCAUGAAUUGUGUUUUAUAAUUUGUGACAAGAAUAUUGUGACUUAUGUUAUAAUGAAUUGUAUUCUUGUUAUUGUCACCUAAGUACAGCUGCUGUUGUCCAUUUAUCACAACAUUUCAUAUAAAAGUUAUUCAGUUUUAAUAUAAUGCAUUGAUCAUAAUAAUAAUUUGUCAUCUUAGUGCAAUAGAUGGUGAACUAUAAAUGAAUUUAGAAGGCCCUAACCUAUUAAUGCACUAAGGUGACAAUAUAUUCAGUGUUAAGAGAUUUAUUUAUAAACAGAAACACUUCUGCUUCACCCAUCUAUUAUAAACAGAUAUACAGAAUAUUUGUUAUAUUAUUACACAAUCUCCUGCUAAUUCAAAUGGCUUGCAAACAAUGUUUUUUCCCCCCAUUGUUUGAACAUGAUCAUCAAUAAACUUUCACUGUUUGUCAUUUCAUGUUUUUUUAAGGUUUGUUCAAAAUUAUACUUAUUUUCAUACAGUUUUAUUAUUUAUUGUAACAAAACAAUUAGGGGAUCAAUCUCGCCUGGCAUAUUUCUUUAUAAAGAAUUGUGUGUUUAAAUUAAACAGCAAAGAAACAGUUUAAUGUUUGCAUUGUUUAAAAUAAUCAUGUUACCAACACUACUUAAUAUUAACUCUUUAUAUACUUUAAUAAGCUUGUUCCUUUAAUCAACAAAUCUGAAUUAUAUCCCUCAAUUAUGUUAACAUAAAUUAUAUUUUGUCACAUUAGUGCAGUAAUAGGUUAACCCCUAAUAAAAUUCAAUAGGAGUUAACAGGUUAUUGCACUAAGGUGAUUUGUUAUGAAAUUAUGGUAUUUUAUGUGCUGACAUUCCAGUUUGCACAGUCUGUGAUAGAAUUGAGAAAAUAAAUUAUUAACGAGUGUUGAAUUGCUCUGCCUUGUUCAUAUGGGCAUUGACA